UAGAAGGGUGGCAGGUAGAAAAGAAGAGAAAUUGGAGCAAAAAAAGGGAACCCCACCUGGAAAUCUCAAAGCUUUGUCGUGAAUUCUUAAACCCCAGAAAGAAAUAGGGUCAGAAAAGGGGUGGAUGAGAGAGAAAAGGGAAGGAGAGAGAGUUUUAUUUAUUGAACAAAAUGGAAAAAGGGGUAAGUGGGGGCAGAAAAGGAGGAAAAAUUGGGGCAAAAAGGGACGAAAUGUGGACCUUGCACUCCAUUGCUUUCAUGGAGGAUUUGGGCUCCUCCGGCUCUUCCUCAACAGACCAUCAUUAGCCGAACAGACAACCCUUUUCACCAUUAUACUUGUUUUUCUACUUCUUCUAUCUCUGCCAGACGGCUAGCGGCGGCCCUUUGGGAGUUUCAUCAAUACCUUCCACUUCCUAAAAUGCACAGAGCUUCCAAUAAUGGCGUUUCUAAUGGCGGUGGUGGUGCUGAUUCAAGGCUCAUCCGCCGCCGCUACUUCCAUCAUCAUCAUCACUCUAAUAAGGACAAAGCCCUUGACCUUUCCAAUUUUCUUGGUGAUCCUUGCCCCAGCUCUCCUGAACAGCCAACAAGUGCAAGCAGUUUAAGGAGGCAUGUUGCUGCAUCAUUAUUGCAACAUCAUCAAUCAAUUGAAAGGAAUAAUCAAGCUCUUCAGCCUGUAUCUCCAAGCUAUGGAAGCUCCAUGGAGGUGGCACCUUAUAACCCUGCUAUCACUCCUACUAGCUCUUUGGACUUCAAGGGAAGAAUGGGCGAAUCACACUAUAGUCUUAAAACGUCCACGGAACUGUUAAAAGUACUAAACCGAAUCUGGAGUUUAGAAGAGCAACAUGCGUCGAAUAUAGCUUUGAUAAAAGCGUUAAAAACCGAGCUUGACCAUGGUCGUGUCAAGAUGAAAGAGCUGGUUCGACAACGACAAGCUGAUCGGCACGAGAUGGAUGAAUUAAUUAAGGAAAUCACAGAAGACAAACUAGCUAGAAAAAACAAGGAAGAAGAUCGUAUCAAGGCUGCAAUUCAAUCCGUGAGAGACGAACUUGAAAACGAGAGGAAGUUAAGGAAACGAUCCGAGAGCCUACAUAGGAAGUUCGCUCGAGAUCUCUCCGAGACGAAAUCCUCUCUUGUGAAUGCUCUAAACGAGAUAGAAAGAGAAAGAAAGUCUAGGAUGCUAUUAGAGGAUCUCUGUGAUGAAUUUGCCAAGGGUAUAAAACAUUAUGAGAAUCUGGUGCAUGGCUUAAAACCGAAAUCUGAUCGGAUAUGUUCGGGAAGAGCUGACCGUGAUGGUUUAGUUCUCGAAAUCUCGGAAGCUUGGCUCGAUGAAAGGACGCAGAUGCAACAAGAACACAACGAUACCGACGUCGGGAUGUCUGUCGUGGAGAAAUUACAACUCGAAAUAGAAAGCUUUCUCGAAGCGAAACGAAAUGAUGCCAAUGAUAGCAAGAAUGACCAAUUGUUAAGAGACCGUCGGAGCUCGCUUGAGUCAGUCCCAUUGAAUGAGGCUGCCAGUGCGCCUCAAGCUGGGGACGAUGACGAUGACGAUUCUCAAGAUACUGAUUCACAUUGUUUCGAGUUAAACAAGCCAAAUAACAGCGAUACGACGACUCACGAAAACAAGAACGCAGAAGAUCAUGUUGUCGAAACCGACAUCCAAAGAAAACUGGGGUCUGAUGAGAGGUCGAAAAGCCGAACUCCGUCCAGCUUGCAAGUAAGGUUUGAAGAACAGGUGUCAUGGGCAAGGUCUAUUGGAAACAAGAAGGAACAAGUAAAAGGCGAAGCGUUACCGAGCUGCCAAGACGUCGAUGGUGGAAGCAACGAGAAACGAAACAAUCACCACUCAAUCCACGGCUCCAAUGUGCAUCCUGAAGAUGGUUAUGGUGAGGCCUCCUGCAGCAACUCAGGUUGGAGGAAUCAAGCAAGUCCAGUGAGACAAUGGACAAUGGCAGCUCCAGAGAUCAACACGACACAGUCGUUGUCGUCGAAACUGCCUCCCAGACUUAAGGAGAACACGCUGCACGCCAAGCUUCUCGAAGCAAGGUCAAAGGCGAGUCGUCAACGGUUAAAACUUUUCAAGUGAUUUGCUUAUGGAGACUUUGAAACCAUUGCUCGUGUUGGAUCCUACUUUUUUUUUUUUAACACCCGAAUUCAUAGUAUAUAUAUAUAUAUAUGAGUAAGAA